CGUGGUGUUCGUCGAGGCACCUACAUUACAUUCAUAUAAUAUGAUUCAGUUUCGCCAGCACUAUUACGGGGUGAGAUUUGCAAAGUGUGUCCGAGCAUCUCGAAAAGUGCGUCGCACGUAAGUGCGAAGCGUGAUAUGAAAUAGUGAAUUGGAUCGUGAUUCAAAUGGACAGGCGAUACUAACUGCACGUCAUGGGAUUGUGAAAGGAAUCGAGAACGUAUAAGAAGGUGGCAGGAAGUGGGAAAAGGGCCAGGGAUACAACGCUCACGCCCGGUUGUCACGACGCCAUGUUUCCCCGAAGUGGUCUACCGAUGUCGAGUAUCCCUUUGAUGGUACUCUGCUUUUUCGUACUUAUCGUCGCCGGCCUUGAUGAAUCCGCUAUUGAAAAAGUAGAAACCACUGAGUCAAAAAAUGAGAAUCCAGCAGUGUUAGAAAUUACAGCAUCUCAAGAUUUAGAAGGUAUAGAGGCUGGUAGUACACCAUCAUUAAUAUGUAAACUCAAUGUACCUGGCCAAGUGUCAUGGACCAGCAAUGGAAAAAAUCUCACCACUAUAAAAGAUUUUGAAUCUGGAGGACGUUUGGAUAUUAAACAGGCUAGUAGAAAUGAUACAGGAGACUACAAGUGUAUGGCACAAACUGCAGAAGGAGAACUCUUAGAAAAGGAUGUUCAUAUUAGAGUUAUUGAACCAGGUAGAAUAACAGCUGGAGAAGACAUUAGGGCUAAAGUAAUGGAAUCAGCUAACUUGACAUGUCACAUACAUGGUUUUCCAUUGUCCGAAUUUACUUGGUUAAAAGGAAAUGAUUCAGAAAGCAUUGAGCACUGGAAGGAUUUUACUACUAUCACACCAAUAAACGAAACUCUAACUGUAUUGACUCUAGAAUUUGCGAGUCUGACACGUAAAGAUAACGGAACGUAUAUUUGUAAAGCACGCGAUUACAACGGUGAAAUUAGCGCUUAUAGACAUCUUUUUGUGAUUGAUGUACCUAAAGUAAGCAUCGACUUCAUGAAAGCCGUUGGCGCUGGAAGUAUAUUUUUGAACUGGACUGUAAACGAUGGCAAUGAACCGAUUAAAAAAUAUAUUAUCCAACAUAUGAAAAACGGAACUAAUCAAUAUCAAUAUUAUUCCGAAGAAAUCGGAGGCGGUAAUUCAAGUUAUGUUUUGAAAGGUUUUGAAAGUGGUACAGCAUAUCAAAUUGGUAUUAGCGCUACAAAUAUUGUGGGUAAAUCACACGCACGACUCGAUCCACGUUGGAUUACUACACUUGAGAAAGAUCCUAUAUUUGUGCCAAAAGUUUCUGUUAACGGAGUUACCGAAAAUUCUAUUACAAUAAGAUGGUCAGUGCCACCGCCGGAUUUAAAAGAACACGUUCAUUACUAUAAUUUAAUGGUUACACAUAAAGAUCAGAAAAGAGAAGCGGUUUAUCCUGCGCAGCAAUUUACCGUGUAUGCAUUUGUCGAUCUCGACCCAGCCACAACGUAUAAGUUUAAAAUUGCCGCAUGUAGCGAAUAUACAAAGGAAUGUGGAAACUGGAGCACUGAAGUGAAUGGCACUACUAUAGAUGGAGUGGCUAGCCCUCCGCAAAAUUUAUCUGUUAAUUGUCGAUUUGAUAAUAUAAGUAGCUCUAGUUUCAUUUCUAUUACAUGGGUUCAUCCUGCAAAACCAAAUGGUGUUAUUAACCGUUAUAAUAUACAAUUAACUGGCAUUGCUAGAUUUAAAAAUGACAUGGGCCGUUUAGAUAUCGAUACUUGGGGACCACAGAAUUGGAGCGUUUACAAGAAAAAUAGCACACACUUUAAUCAGAUACCUCCUAAUACCAAUUAUACUGUUCGUGUGAAUGGCGUAACUAGAUCUCGUACACCAGGAAAGGAUGCUAUCGGUAAUUGUACCACACCGAUUACAAUACCAGAUAGGGAUAGCUUAAACAUGCGAUCAUGGCGGAAAAUCGAAAAUCAAGGUAAACAGCUGUUUAAGCUGUAUCUGCCACGAAUCACGGAACGAAAUGGCCCUAUAUGUUGUUAUCGAGUUUAUCUAGUAAAAUUAGCUCCACAAAAAAGUGUUUCUGAUUUACCACCACCUGAGGAAAUCAAUGUAUAUUCGUAUCAGUAUGCACAUAAUUCACCUUCUGGUGGAGCUUAUGUUGCAGAAACAUUUGAUAGCGAUCGAUUAAUAUCGGAAAUUUUCCUUGGUGAUGGUGAAUCAUUCAACAGUAGCAGCAUGUGCAACAAAUGUAUUGGACUUCGGCCAAAAGCUGCUCCGCCGUUAUUACAUUUUGUUCCUGAAGUUUCAACAACUACGCCGCCACUCAAUGUAACACCUACUACUAUUACCACGCCAGUAACAUUGACUACUAUUCUCACUACAACUGCAUCGACCUUCACUACUCAGAGGAUGGAAACAACCAUUGCCAAUAUGAUAGACAGCAAUCACACAGAAACUGUAGAAAGGAAAAAAAGAGACAAUAUAGCUAUUCAGAAAACAAAGGGCAACGAUGUAUCUUCCGAACUACCAUCAUUUACCGCCCAGGAUGGUUUUUUGGAUGAAAAGUCGAACUACACAGGUUUCAUUGAAGUCAUUGUAUUUGGAAAUCAAGACCAACUUUUACCAGCCUAUAGUAACUACUUUAAUCCUCUUUAUGGAGGACUAGAUCCUAUAACUAUGGUAUCAGCGGAAGUGACCACACUCAGCGUAAUUUUACAAAUUUCCAUUGCUCUUAUAUUGAUCAUCAUUAUUCUUAUUAUUGCACUUUGUGUAUUGCAUAGAUACACAAGACGUGCUCAACAACGAGGGGAAGAAAUUAUAACCUUAAGAAAUAGUUUCAGACAUUUAUGCAGAAGUCUGAGAGGAAGACAUCAACUAGUAGCGGCAAGUCCGCCGGAUAUGCCUCCGAUUCCCAAAAGCGAACUCCUUCAGUCAUAUCUUGAACGACACCGAGAUUCUGAUUAUGGUUUUCAACAUGAGUUUGAACUACUACCAGAUAGAUUCACAGAUCGUACAACAAGGGCUUCGGAAGCACGCGAAAAUCUCUAUAAAAAUCGUUAUCCGGAUAUAAAGUGUUACGAUCAGACUAGAGUAAAACUCGCGCAAAUGGAUGGGAUUUGUGGAUCUGACUACAUAAAUGCGAACUUUGUAUUAGGAUAUAAAGAACGCAAGAAAUUUAUAUGUGCGCAAGGUCCAAUGGAAAAUACUGUUUGUGAUUAUUGGAGAAUGAUUUGGGAACAACAUCUUGAAUUGAUACUUAUGUUAACUAACCUUGAAGAAUACUCAAAAACGAAAUGCGCAAAAUAUUGGCCAGAUAAAGGUGAAACCAAAAAUUUUGGUGACAUCACUGUUGAACAUGUCCGAGAAAGAGCUUAUUCGGAUUAUGUUGUUCGUGAAUUAAAGAUGACACGAUUAGGAGAACGAGACGCACGCACCAUUGUUCAAUAUCAUUUCUUAGUUUGGAAAGAUUUUAUGGCACCAGAACAUCCUCAUGCGAUACUGAGGUUCAUUAAAAGAGUAAACGAGGCUUAUUCAUUAGAAAAGGGCCCAAUAUUGGUACACUGUAGUGCAGGUGUCGGACGCACUGGAACGUUAGUUGCAUUAGAUUCUUUACUGCAACAACUUGCAGAAGAGGGCCAGGUUUCGAUUUUCAAUACAGUAUGUGAUCUGAGACAUCAAAGAAACUUCUUAGUGCAAUCGUUGAAACAGUAUAUCUUUAUUUAUCGUGCAUUGAUGGAAAUGGCACAAUACGGAGAUACAGAAAUUCCAGCAUCGCAGCUUAAAACUACAGUUGCAAGAUUAAGACAAAGAGAUAACGGUAAAGAAAAAUGUAGAAUGGAAGAAGAGUAUGAUAAAAUCAAUUCUGUAUUAGAAGAUAGAAAGUCAUAUUCUGUUGGUGGUGGUGAAGAAAAUAAAACCAAGAACAGAAGCGAAUUAAUAAUACCAUAUGACAGAAAUCGAGUAAUUCUUACACCUGUUCCGGGUAGAGAACACUCAACAUACAUAAAUGCGUCGUUUAUUGAAGGCUAUGACAAUUCUGAGUCGUUUGUUAUUACUCAAGAUCCAUUAGAUACUACUAUAGCAGAUUUUUGGCGAAUGAUUUCAGAACAGUGCAUCUCCACCAUAGUAAUGUUAUCCGAUUUAAAUGAAGGUCCACGAAAAUGUCCACGUUAUUGGCCUGAUGACGAAGCAGUUUAUGACCAUAUAAGAGUUAGAUAUAUUCAAAGCGAGAGUUGUCCAUAUUACACUCAUCGUGAAUUUUGUGUUUCUAACACAAAAACCGAUGAGAAUGUUGUAGUAACGCAAUACCAAUAUCAUGGAUGGCCAACAGUAGAGGGAGAAGUACCUGAAGUAACUCGUGGUCUCAUUGAACUUGUAAACCAAACGCUUACAAAUGAUACAGAAUCAAGUGGUUCAUUAGUUGUACACUGCAGUUAUGGAUCGGAUAGGAGUUCCAUGUUUGUCGCUCUUAGUAUAUUGGUUCAACAACUAAGGACUGAAAAACGCGUAGAUAUUUUUACAACAACAAAAAAAUUACGUUCACAGAGACACGGCAUGAUUAGCACCUUUGCACAAUAUGAAUUUUUACACCGUGCUAUCGUGAACUAUUCGGAUCUUCAUAAUUUAGCCGACGAUGAACCAGCUUCUUAAUACUACAAAAUGUAACAUUGGAACAUCUUAAUAAUGUUUGGUGAAUAUGUGCAUAAAGACAAUUCACGUACUAAAAGUGUUUGAAAAUGUACGAAUGCUCAAAGAAACAUAUAUUGGGCCAACCAAAGAAAUUACUAAUGUAUUGGUGAAACAAGUACAUCACGAAGUUAGACUGAAUAUACAUGUGCAUAAGCAACUAUCAGUCUUUGAGAGUUUUCAUAUAUUAUGCACAGACUAUUGAAUUAUGUGUAUUAGACAUCUAUUUGUACCACAAGAAAUAAGCAGUAAACAUGUCACAUUGACGAACUCAUAGGAUUAGGAUAAAUACACAAUUGGUUUGAUACAAUACACAAAUGAAGUUAACUAUUUGUUGGUUAACUAUGACAAAGUGCAGUACAGUGAAGACGCUCGUGAUAUUACCUUUUUGACAACAUUGUGAAUCUCUCUCAAUGACUUAUUUUUAUUGAUGAAAUUGAGAAAAAACCGAAAGAGUGUAUUAAACAUUUUUGUGAUUGAAAAUGGAACAUAUGAGGAAAGCAUUGACGCAACAAAGUAAGUGCGUUUUUAUUAAUAAAUACGAUUAUUUGAUGGACUAGUGAAGAAAUUAAGCGUAUUUAUAAGACGUACGAAUAUUUUGACAAAUGGACCAUAUAACUUUUCAACCUAAUAUUUGAUCGUGUUUUUAUAUUUAAUAUAUUAUACCAA